CAUUACACAAAGAAGAAGUAGGGCACAAGGAGUUGAAAACGUAUUUCAAAAGUGAAGCGAGAUUACGCAAGGAAGAAAAAUCAGUCAUGGCGCCCAGGAAAAACACGAAACAACAGAAAAACAACCCAAAAAUGAUCAAGCUCGAGGCGUUUUUGGAUGAUUUCGACAGUGAAGUCAAAACAAGGGUUGGACAACUUGAAGAGAAGAAGAACGUGCUGUUAAGAGAGCUUGACAACAGCUGUAAUGUGGCUCUCAUUAAGCAACAUGCGAUGGUUAGAAAAAUGAAUUGGAUGGAAUAUUUCAAAGCCGAGAAACCCAAAUCCCCGCAAGUGGAUGAUUUGAAGAGGGCAGCAAUUGUAGCGCAUGUUGUGGCUGAGGACCACGCCGUUCUCAUGAAAUCAGUCAAGAAAAUGUCAAAGAAGAAGGGCGCAACCAAAUCCACUUCAAAUGAUGAAAACACGCCCAGAACUUCGAGGAAGGGGAAAACUGCAAGGAAGCCCCCAACUACAUCCAGACGUGUAAAAGCUCUGUCGGUCAGUCAGCAAAAUGCUUCAGUAAGAAGAUCACCAAGGAAUGCCAUGGUGACUCCUGCCAGGACUCUGCUGGACUCCUCUUUGAUGGCCCCAACUCCCUUCAUCACACCACGCUUUGACCCGAGGCUUCCCAAUACUCCGGCUUUGAGAAAUCCUCGCCACAAGGAGAGGGUCUUCAGUAUUUCAACCAAUGGCUCACCCAUCGCAGCAACCAAUGAAGAAAUUAUCAUAAAUGUGCCAAUCGGCAACGGAGAGAGUAUUCAGCUGCUGGCCAGUCAAAUCAAUUCACUGGAUCUGUCCCUGCUGGACGAAACCACUUUGAGGAGCGUUCGCCAUUUGCAGAAUCGGCUCACAUCACUGUGUGACUCCUUGAACUGACCCAGCAGUCUCCUGUUGAUUUGUAACGUGUAUAUAUAUAUAUAUUUUUUUGUCUUUUUUUCCACAGCUUUGCAUCCUUUUAUCUGCCUUCUUUAUCUGAUGGGAUAUUUUAUUUGUACUGUUUUGUUGUAGAGUGUGCUCUUCUGUUGUUACACUCUACAUUUUUCUUUGAAAACAAAGACCAAGUCUCGAA